UGUGUUGUGUAACUUCUCUUGAUUCGAUUAGUUUCGGGAUGGAAUGCGCUCGUACAUUUUUACGCAUUUUCCCAAGAAAUCCUCAAAUAUUUAGACGCAGCAUAGCCAUGACGUCGUCAAGCCGUGCUAAAGAGGUAAUUGAACAGCUGAAGGAAACCAAUCCCUACUACUUCAAGUAUGCUGACAAGAUAGCCAAAAUGCAACAAACUUCGGCCGAGGAGUUCUUGGAUCGUAUUGAGCGCGUCAUGAAUCCCAUCGUUGACGGAAAAAGUCAGGCUAGAUCUUACUCGGAGCUAUUGAAUCCCAAAGAAAAGCUGGCCGCGGAACAGGCUGAACUGCCCCACAAGAAGCUGACCGACAUCAUGAAGAUGGAGCUGAUUGCUGAUAAGAACGCCGAGGAGAUAUCGCAAAUCUGGAUCGAAUACCACAAAACCAAGGAUGUGCUAGCUGCCACUCUGACAAAGGCCCAAUACGAGACACUAAUGGGACGAGCUAAGGAGCAUCCCAUCUUUCUGUUGCCACUGCCACGCAGUGAGGGCUUUGAGUUCAUCCUGAUGCAGUUUGCCGCAAACUCGGUUCAUUUUACUCCGCUGCUGGCCUACCAGGUGCAUCAUGAGAAUGCACCCGAAUGCCUAACACUGGUGCAUUACACCGAGAUGCAGGACAAGGGAAUUAUACUAAUGCGUGGCGAGUACGACACAAAGGUUCUAACUGCACAGGAGGCGCAGUGUUUGGCGAAUGAGCUGCAAAUGUUUUACUAUAAGACAGACGAGAAUAAGUUAAAACUUCUGGGGACAUUUACCAAACGUCCAGAUGAGUUCAAACACAUGGAUCUCAUAAAGGAAGUUGAAAACAUACAACUGGCUUAAGUUUAAAUCAAGUUCUAUCGUAAAAUUGAUUAAAUUAAAACUAAAUCGAAACGAAU